ACAGCUCCAAUCCUCCAUCAGACCAUCACCACCUGCCCAUUCCACUGCUUAUGAACACGACAUUCAUAAUUUCCCUCCUCCGUCCACGGCUCCGCUGUUCCAUACAACCUCACAAUUCUGAUUGGGUUCAACAUUUCUGCUCAUGUUCGCCAUUAAUCCUUCUUCCCUUUUCUUCCCUUCCAAUCCCACCACUCCACGUCAACAUUCCAUCUCUCCCCCAUCCUCCUUCCGCCUCUACGGUGCCGCUACCGGAGACGCCUCCCCUGAACCCUCAAUUUCCCGCCUCUUCAAUUUCCCUUCUCUUUCUGCCACCGACGCUACCGCCGGCUUUCGUCUUGGACAAGACUACGAUGCCGGAGCUUCCUCCCCCGCUGUCGAUGCACCGGGGAGGUUCGGCAGAGGAAAUGGCACCGUCAAAGUGAACGCCAUGGAGAAAAAAUGGUCUCGUGAUAGAGAGAGUUAUUUAGUCGAUGAUAGCGACGUUCUCCCUCUUCCUAUGGCUUAUCCGGAUUCUUCCCCUGUAUCGCCGGAUGAGAUCGACCGUCGGCUUCAGUGCGAUCCACAAGUGGAGGAUUGUAAAGAAGUGGUGUAUGAAUGGACCGGGAAGUGUCGCAGUUGCCAAGGGUCUGGAUAUGUUAGCUAUUAUAACAAAAGGGGAAGAGAGAUCACUUGCAAAUGUAUACCUUGCCUUGGAAUUGGUAUUCUUCUUCUUCUUCCUUCCUCCUUUCCAUCUUUCCUAUGGGAACCAACACAUAGUGCAAAUUGUAGGGUAUCUUGCAAUGUUAUGUUCUCAGGGUUUUACUGACAAGUGACAACCUUCAUAUCAUGAAAAUAUAAUAACACUCAUGCUAAUAUUCUGACUGAGUUCUACCUCAUGUGGAGCGGAGGAUUUGAUCCCCUUACCUCAUGAUUGAGGGAGGUUAUAUGUUUGAAUUAGUUAUCAUGAUUGAGUGAGGUUAUAUGUUUGAGUUAGUUGAGUUAUGUUCAGCUUGUUGAUCCUACUCAUAGUUCUUGUUUGCAAUCUUCAUCAAUGUGCUUUAGACAAGGACGGAUAUGAGCGUUAGGAGCCAAAGAGAACUACCUAGGAUUUUCUGAUCACAAUUGAAGUUCUUUUAAAGAAUGGACAAUAGUCCUUGCUUUUUUAUCUUCACAUUUGAUAAAUUGGUUCCUUCGUUACUCUGCUUUCUGUCAGAUUAAGGACUUUGAUCAUUGUGGUUUUGAAUAUAUCUCAAGACAUAUUGCCUACCAGAGGCUCUCUUACAUUAAUAAUUGGCUUCAUUUGUUAACUAUAUAGUUUUUAGGUUUUGAAAAUUAAGCCUAUAGACACUACUUCCACCUCAAAGUUCUUAUCUAAUUCUUACCAAUGGUCUGAAAAACAAAACCAAUAUUUUUUCUAAAAAAAGUAGCUUUUGAAAACUUGUUUUUUAGAAUUCGGCUAAGAAUUCAACCAUUGUAAUUUAAAAUGAUGCAUGUCAUAAGAAGAAAUGAAGAGGAAAUAGGCUUAAUUUUCAAAAACGAAAAACACAAAACUAAAUGGUUACUAAACGGAGUGAGAAAUAUUCAUGUAUUUUGCUGCAAGAGAUUAAAAAACAUUUGCCUAACUGAAGUUAAAUAAACUGAUAUUUUCAACAAAUCUUCAUUGUUUGCUGAUCCUUGUCUGCAUUUCGACAUUCCUUCUCCCAUUGUAUCAAGAGAAUUUCUCCGAGCUUUUGUUGCAACCAACAUUUUGACAAAACUGUGCUGUAACUUUUGAGACCAUGUUGGUUGUUUUUCCAUAUCAAAAUCUCAGUUCAAAUUUGCCUCUUCUUGUUUGCAAUCCUGCAGGGUAUGUUCAGAAGAUAACGGCUCGGAAGGACAUUGAACUAAUGGAGGAUUUGGAUAAUGAUGGAAAACUAUUGUGAUUCAAUGCCCGUUUUGAACAUACUACACAUCUCUAUCUAACUUCACCUUUGAGGGGCUGUAAUUUUUCCCGCAGAAGUUAUUUAGAUUAGGCUUUGUAUUGAUGAUAGGCAAAAUAAACAAAUGGAGAGAAUAUUGAACACACUGGCGAAAUAAAAGUACUGCUAAUUUGGCAA